UAUAUAAUAAUUUAUAAUUACUAUAGUAUUUUGAUAUACUUCGAUAUUAUAAUAAAGAAUAGAUAUAUAAGAAUAGUCAGAUGUCACGUAGUCAGCCGUAUCAGGCCUUAAAUUCCGGACCAUCAGAUCUACCUUCAUUUCCUCCUAACUAUGAAGAUGUAGAAUCUAAUUUAGCUAAUGAAGUAGGUAAUAGUACAAGUCAAGGAAUAGAACAAUUUGAAGUAGAAGAUGGAUAUACUGAAGAAGAUAAUAAUAAUUCGAGUAAUUCUGGUUUACUUUCUCGAGCUUCAUUUAUGACUAAAAAAUUUGCAUCAAAUUUCAAUAAUAAAGUAAUACAUCCAGUAUCACAAAUAAUUGAUCCAAUAUAUGAAGGUUAUAAAUAUCUUCAAGAUACUUAUGAAAAGUCACUUUUAAAACUUGGAAAUCCCUUAGUAGUAAAAAGAUUAUUAUAUGUAAUUUUCAUUAUGGGAUUCAUAUAUUUUAUGACAAAAUAUACUCAAAAUGAAGGUAUUAGUGGAGCUAGUGGUGGAGCAUUUUCAACUGGUAAAUUUUAUGAUAUAGAUAAAUUAGGUAAAACAAUACGAGAAUAUAUUGAUCCAAAAUCUAUGGAAGAAAAUCUCGAAUAUUUUUCAUCUAUGCCUCAUCUUGCUGGAUCAAAGGGAGACUUAACAUAUGCUAAAUAUAUUGUAAGUUAUAUGGCUAAUAAUGGAAUUAAAAAUAUGGAUUUUAAUGAAUUACAAAGUAAUAUUAAUUAUCCUGUAUUUAAUGAUAAACAAACAUAUGUCAAAUUAUCGGAUGGAAGUUUCCAAGCUAAACUUUAUGAAACUGAUGAUACAGAUAUGCAAUAUUUAUCAUUUAAUCCUAAUUCAUUAAAUACUAAUGAACCUAUUGAAAGUGUUUAUAUUUAUGGUAAUUAUGGUUCUGAAGAAGAUUUUAAACAAUUAGUAGAAAGUAAGAUGAAUUUAAAGGAUGUAAUAUUAUUAUUAAAUUAUGGUGGAUCUAUGCCAGAUCUGAAUAAAGUUAAAGUAGCUCAACAGUUACAAAUUAAAGCCAUCAUAUUUAUUUCUCCUGAAAUAGAAGCUAAAAUUGGAGAAGAUAAUACUAUAAAAUAUGAUGGAUAUAUACAAAGACAAAAUAUGGGUUUAAAUAGAAUGAAUCCUGGAGAUGUUUUAACUCCUGGAUGGUCCUCAGAAGAUGGGUAUGUUAGUAGAUUACCUUGGUUCAGAUCUGAUAUAACUCCUAAAAUACCGACUAUACCAAUAUCAUAUGUUGAUGGUUUAGUCUUCUUAUCUAAACUUGGUAAGAAUGGGAUUAAGUAUAAAAAUGGAUUUUAUUCAGGUAUAAUUGAAAAUGGUCCUAAGAUACAAUUAGGUAUUAAGAAUGAUCAAAGACCAACUCAUCCCCUUUGGAAUGUAGUUGGAUCAAUUCAAGGUAGGGAACAAGCAGAAAAAGGAAUAAUUAUUGGUGCAACAAGAGAUUCACUUGGUUAUGGAGCCAUAUCUGCCAAUACUGGGACUACUUUAUUAGUAGAAUUAAUUAAAAUAUUUACAUCUCUUCAAAGACAUUAUAAUUGGAUACCAGCAAGAACUAUUUAUUUUAUAUCAUUUGAUGCCACUGAAUAUAAUUUGGCAGGAUCUGCUGAAUGGAUUCAAAAUAGAAAAGAUCAAUUAAAGCAACAAGGUUAUGCAUAUAUUGAUUUAAGUGAUGCAAUUAGUGGAGAUACUUUAUCAAUCAAAUCAAAUCCAUUCUUUCAUAAAUUAAUUAGAGAUACCCUUAAGAAAGUUCAAUCAGAUGAAACUAAUAAUAUUAAUUUAUAUGAACUUUAUAAGAAACAACAUAAUGGUAAGGAUGAUAUAUCUAAUAAUAUGAUAGAACAAAAAAAUUAUAUACCAUUUAUUAAUUUAGUGAAUGUUCCUGCAAUUGAAAUAAAAUUUUCAGGUAAGAAAUAUCCUAAGAAUUCUUGUUAUGAUACUUUUGAAAAUUUUAAUAAAUUAAACAUUGAUCCUUUAAUGACAAAACAUACACAAUUGCUUGAAUUAAUAUCUUUAAUUGUAUUAGAAUUGGUAGAAAAACCUAUAAUACCUUAUGAUUUUAAUGGAUUAGCACUGUCAAUUUCUAAAUAUCAAUCAGAUUUAGAUAAAUACUUUAAAGACUUAGUAAAGGACAUAAAACAAAAAAAUAUUCCUCAAAUGCAUUUGGAAUCAAUUGGUAGAGCCAAUGAUGUAUUAAAAGCUACUGGAAGAAGAUUUGAUGAAUGGGUUGGUAGUUGGGAUACUUAUGUUAAAGAUGCUUCUGGAAUUGAACCAUCUUUACUUGCUAUGAAUAGAUGGAAAUGGAAUGAUAAUAUGGUUGAAUUUAAUCAAAUGUUUAUUUCCCAAGAUGCCAGUCCAAAGAGACCUGGUUAUAUCAACUUGCUUUUUGGAGUACCUUAUUCUGCUCCAGAAGAAGAUAAUGGAAAAUAUGAAUGGAAUACUUUCCCAAGUAUUAGGGACUAUGCAUUUGAAGGUGAUUUUGGUAGAGCUCAACAUGAGAUUGAUCAAUUAUCUAAUUUAUUACUUCAGGCUUCCGAGCAAUUCCUUGAUUUAUAGAAUCGUAAUUCAAUAUAUUUAUUACACAUAGGAAUUAAUUUUUGAAAUAUCUGUAAAUAAUAUCAUAAGGCUUAGAGUUAAUUAUGAAAAUAUUGUAGAGAGACGAAGUAGGAUUAUA